AAAUCCAUUUCUAACAUGGAAUCCCACUCGAAGUUUGAUCCGAAACCACUCGGCACCACGGUUUUAAGCCGCGAAACGAUCGUGGCGGCUCUGAGAAGCGGACCGACCAAUUUUAUAAAUCGGAAGCACAUCUCUUGCAACGUCGACCUUUCGCCUCUGGUCAAGGAAGAGGAACUCAACUACCUGCGGCUCCGCUACAACGAGUAUCUUUUGCAAUACGCGACCGGCCCGGUGAAUCUGGAACACCUUCAGGUACACCUUGGCCAGCGAGAGGAAGAGGCAGGGGCCAAGGAGUUGGAACUUGAGGCGCUCAGGGACGAAAUGGCAAGGGCUGACAUGGAAAGACGCAACUCAACCGGUUUGCUGGCUCAGGAAGCUCAGGAGCACCACCUCCAGGUGACACGACUGGAGCAGGAGAUGCAAGAACUGAGAAAUGAAAUAUGGCGUUUGCAAGAGGGCAUAGGAGCAGGAGCCUUAAAGCAAAUGAAUAUGGAGUUGGAUUGCGCCAUUCAUGAGUUGGAACACUUGGAAUUCGACGUCGAUCAAAGAUUGCAGAACAUUGAGAGCUUGGAGUCAAAAGUCGCUGAAAAGGAUGGUUUGCUGGCACACACAAGAUCUGAGCUAGAGAGCAUCUUGUCGAUUUUGGAUCAGAUUGAAAGCAAUAGUGCCAGGAAAAUGCAUUCUAUGAACGAAGCAAUCGUCUUAAAGGAGUCUCAACUCUCUGAAUUGCACCUGCAAAUCGAAGCCUUGAACACGUGCAUGCAGAAUCUGAAAAAUGACUUGCAAUCCUGUCAGGACGAAGCCGAACUGCUAAAGAAUAGUGUCAUGGAGAAAAACAUCAUGAUCGAAAACUUCACGAAUGACAACACGAAAAUCGUUAUUGAGCUAGAGAGUUUGAAAAGCAAUUUAAGUCAAAGUGACAUGAAUGGCACUGAAAACUCAAAUUCUUCGGAGGAACAUCGUCUCACACAGGAUCGAAUAGAAGAACUGGAGAAACAGCUUGAGGCGAGGAAAAGAGCGGAUGAAGAAGCCAAGUACACCAACAAGACUAUGGCUGCUGAGAUCGAGGGGGCAUUGAAAAUUCUGGACGUCAGCACUAUCAGGGUCGAAGAACUGAUCCACGAAAACGAAGUCUUAAAAUAUAGCAUCGCCGAUCUAGAGCGCAAUCAAGCGAAGACGGGAAUUACACAGGAAGAACGCAGUGCAGUCAGACGGGUUUUCAAAGACGAAUUGGACAUCAUCGUCGACUACAUGAAAAAGAAUAAUGGCACAGUGAGUCCCAUCAAAUCCUCUUCAAAUUCGCACAUUCUGAACGAACUAGAGGCCGCAGACCAAACCCUGAUGGCCGUCGAAAAUAUGCUUCUGAAGCGCGGAACUGCUGCAGCAGCGAACGACGCUCCUGCUUGGAAGCGCUUGGGCAGCUUCUUUGUCCGCUACUACCCCUUGCUGCUGACUAUCCUCUUUUUCAUCUUGGUCAUCAGGGUCAACAUCUUCUGCAUGGGCAGCUGGAACUUGUGGCUGCCCUACUUCCUCUUUUCGGCGCUGUCCUUCACCCUGCCCCACCCGUUCGGGGCCAUCGCGUCCCUGCUGGCGGCCUUCGUGGUCGCCGCCUCGUUCUUUGUCUGAACGCAAUAAAUUUGUGCUCGAAUUUGAUAUGCUCCACCCAAA